CCGACUCGGGCGGCAGCGCGGAGAAGAGCGCGGGCGGAGGGCGCGGACAGAUCGGGCGCACACACCAUGGCCUCCAAGUGCCCCAAGUGCGACAAGACCGUGUACUUCGCUGAGAAAGUGAGCUCUCUGGGCAAGGAUUGGCACAAGUUCUGCCUCAAGUGUGAGCGCUGCAACAAGACGCUGACCCCGGGGGGCCAUGCUGAGCAUGACGGGAAGCCCUUCUGCCACAAACCCUGCUACGCCACACUGUUUGGACCCAAAGGCGUGAAUAUUGGGGGUGCUGGCUCCUACAUCUAUGAGAAGCCCCUGGCUGAGGGCCCUCAGGUCACCGGCCCCAUCGAGGUGCCAGUGGUCCGAGCUGAGGAGCGGAAGGCCAGCGGUCCCACUAAGGGGCCCAGCAGAGCCUCCAGCGUGACCACGUUCACUGGGGAGCCCAACAUGUGUCCUCGCUGCAACAAAAGGGUCUACUUUGCCGAGAAGGUGACAUCUCUGGGCAAGGACUGGCACCGGCCCUGUCUGCGCUGCGAGCGCUGCUCAAAGACGCUGACCCCAGGCGGGCAUGCGGAGCAUGACGGCCAGCCUUACUGCCACAAGCCCUGCUAUGGCAUACUGUUUGGACCCAAGGGAGUGAACACCGGGGCUGUGGGCAGCUACAUCUAUGACAGGGACCCGGAAGGCACGGUUCAGCCCUAGGCCACAGCCCCUCAGAGGGGCAGGGCCUUUCUGCCUUCUGCUGGACCCUGCCCCAGGCCCCCUCCUUGGCUCUGUGGGGGACAGUGGUCUGCUGCCAGUCCUGCCUCAGUGCAUCCUGCCGCCAGCCCCAGGCCUGAGUGUUGGAGCGGAGCCUGAGUGGUGGUUCCCAGAGCAGCGCCCAUGUCCAGCCCUGUUCUUGGUGUGUCAGACCCUCAUGGUGCCUCGUGUGUUACUCACUGCCCCCUCCAUUGCUGAGUGUGUCCCCAUGCCCAGCAUUCUCUGUGUGUCUGUCCCUAUGUGUCCCCAAGUCCCUGGUGCUCUCUGAGGAAGCUGUGUUGCUCCCUACUUACUGCCCAUUCCUGCCCACCAGUAUUAUUUAUGCUCCAGCUUGCCGGUGAUGGCCACAAGCUCACGGUGUCCUUAGGGCAGGGCAGAGCCCUGCCAGGAACCCUCUGCCUGGCUCCCACACUGCCCGCUCACCCACUUCUCUCAUGGCUCUCACUUAGCUGCUAAGACUUUUGCUGUCAAUAAAAGGU